AUGGGAUCACCACGCCGUCUCAUCUUUGAGCCACUUCCUCCGCCCCCAACCAGUCCAGACAUGGACCACGACGCAUCUCCUUUUCUUUCACAAAGGUACACGACUAGCAGGCGCCGAACGCACACUUUCCGACGAGUCCAACGUGUUUCUCGCCACGCAGCUCUAACCACGAAACAACAUCUAUGGGAUUCCAAUGAUGCAAGCAUUGACGCUGCCGUCGCAGCUGUCGAUCAGUGGGAAUCUGCCUACAACGCGUUAAGAGGUCUGGUCGUUGCCGGUGUUCAGUCUGCGAAAGGUGUCUAUGGCGGUCUCAAGGAAGGGGCGGGAAAAAUUGAAAACGGUGUGUUGCUACCUGUUAGAGAUUGGAUUAUCCUACCAGCCUUCUUUGGUGUUGAACACGCAACGGCGGAAACAGCGAAGUUUCUUCAAAGUGAAGCGGCGCAUCAGCUCGCGGGUCAGUCACUUGAGCUCGUUAAAAAGGUUCCGAUCGUAGGGGACAACGUGCUCGCACCUGCUAUGUAUUUUUCGGUUGGACUCGUUCAGCGAACCUGGGAAAUUGUACAGUACCCAAUUCCAUCAAAACAACAAGUUCGAGGCUCGGUCGAGCUUGCUUUAAAUGGUACAAAAUGGGCGCUUUCGACUGUUGGACGUGAAGUUUAUUUGUAUUUUAAACGUGCGGAUGCCAAUAUCACUCGCACAUUAAUGCAUACGCAAUGGAAAGUGCUAGGAAGUGGCCCCUAUGCAACGCUUGAUAAGCUGAACAAGAGUGAAGUCAUCAAUCAUUUAUGUGAACGAUACUUCAGUCUUGAGGAUGCAAUAUCACGAUAUGAGCUGGCGGCUCACAUUAAAAGCCAUAAUGUACCAUUGUACCAUGAUCUUGUCGUGUCAGGUUUGUUGAAGGAUAGAGGAGGGGGCAUUACAGAAGACGAUGAAUGGCUCAGUUCAUGGCCUGUAUAUCGACAUCUUGAAGAUCCAUUUCUGAUCCCUGAGGAAGAGAAACUUUCCGGCAUCGAAAUAUCGUCUCUUUGGUUCCGUUUGCCCUAUCUGAACGGAAAGCGACCUUCUGGUAGGGAUCAGCGCUGGGUUUGUUUCGGUCGCAUUGAGCAGAAUAUCCUAGAGGAUCGGUACCGCCAUGUGAUUAGAGAGGGUGUUACGGUUUUAGGCAUUGGUGAAGAAAGGAAAGCUGGUGCGAUGGAACCAAGCGGUUUGGUUAAUGAGGCGGACAAUCAGAUUUCUGCCAAUCAUACUACAAAUAAUUUGUCAAAUGUCACGUCUGCGGAGACCAAUUGCGUAGAGUAUCCCACCAUCGCAAAAUGGUCCAUCCCGCCACUGGUGGCGAAAGAAUACGGGGAGCUCUGCGACUCUUGCAAUGAACAGGAUGCCCAAAUGCCAUCCGUUUCUACUCUACUAGCUCCACCGCCAAUUGGCGCAGUCAUGCGUCCAACUUUUUGGAGGUUUCAUGGUCCGGGGGACGAAGUUCGAAGAGCAGCAUGGAUACUUGAUACUCCGAGGCACGGUCUGCAGCCUUUUGAUGAGGAGGCGCAAUCUGUCUUGGAAGAUGCCUAUCUUUUCUUAAAAUGGAUGUCCGUUCGCCAAGAGUUUCGUCAUGAGUCUGAUUUAGACAGCGCUCUUCUAACAGUGGAGGUACCUUGCCCUGAUGGGACGGAUAGACUUAUCCAAUUUAGUUCCUUGACUCAAGCUACAGCAAUUCAAAAAGGUAUGCUGCCAGCCGUUGCCAUCUUCAAGAGAAGGGUAUAUCGGGGAGCCUGGUUGCAAAAUUCUGCUGCAGCUCUAUUAGAAACAAAGACCCAAAAGCAGGAACUAGUGUCAGUUCAGGAAUCUAUUUUGCAGGCAGUUCAAGAUAAUGGUGCUCUCGGCGAGACAAUAGUACCCGAUGCAGCGCUGCGGACCGUUCUCUCUCCUGGCAAACGUCAAGAUGAAAGCCGUCUCGUGCUCCACACGAGCGGCGACGAUCUUGCCGUUCCUCCCAGUAGACUUUGGGAGGAAGGAUCAUCUCCCGUAAUGGAGAGCCAUCCUCAGGCCGAUGUCGAUCACCUCAUCCUCGUCGUUCAUGGAAUUGGGGAAAUGCUACGUUCAAUAGAUGUUUUUGGUCUUGCAAUGCCCAAUCUCUCUUCGAUUGUGGAUUGUUGUGGUUUUCUGCGGAAGAAUCACUCCGAAGUCCAAGAUGCCCACUUUGCUCAGAUGUACCCAACGGCUGACGCCACUUCAAGAGCCUCGACUGGUAGAGUGGAGUAUCUUCCUAUUGAAUGGCAUGAAUCUUUUUCUCUUUUAUCUCAACGACGGUCGACUUCGGAAGCUACACCCAAACACAAUGUUAUGAUCAAAGACAUCUCAUUGCGAACGAUUCCGAACAUGCGAGAGUUCGCGAAUGACACUCUGAUGGAUGUUUUAUAUUUCAUGAGUCCAGAACACCACGAUAUGAUCAUGUCCAUCGUAACAAAUGAAAUGAAUGUUGUUGUUGAAAAAUUUGCUGCCUUAGCUGGUUUCUCUGGACGAGUAUCUUUAAUUGGGCACUCCUUAGGAUCCAUUAUUUCAUGGGACAUCCUUGCUAAUCAGUCGCUGGACAUAUUGGGGGAAAGUGCCAAGCAAUCCUUACAUGGUGUGCCUUCAAUUGAAACCUUUGGCGGCACGGGGUUUUCUAACUACGGUAGUGCUACUUCAGUUGGACAUGACGCACCAGAGGUGACGCAGCAGGCGACUCGAUUUGAAGGAUUGAAGCCCUAUCCAAAGCUCAGAUUUGCGGUUGACAAUUUUUUCUUACUUGGUUCUCCGGUUGCCGUCUUUUUGAUGAUACGAAAUCAACGAAAGCCUUUGUGUGAGAAUUAUUUUCUUUCUGGGUGCAAUCGGGUAUUUAACAUCUUCCAUCCAUAUGAUCCUGUCGCUUAUCGAGUGGAGCCCUGUAUUGAUCCCAGAAACGCGGACUUCGAGCCUACCAUUAUGAAACAUUGGAAUGGUGGCUUUCGCGUUCAGUACCAGACCAAGCGGCUUUGGAAAAAGUUUGUUGACUCAACUUGGAAGACACAGCAGAGUGUUGUUGAGGCAUUUGAAGCAAGCAUGGCUGGAAUGGGUCUGCUUGAUGCGACAACAGACACAUUCAACGACGACGAUACUUCCGCCUCAGAAAUAAGUUCAGACGAUAAUCGAAGUACCGCCAAUGUCAUCGCUGGAAAGUUAAAUCAAGGAAGGCGUAUUGAUUAUAUGCUCCAAGAGAAAGAGAUCGAGACAGCCAAUGAGUACGUUGCCGCACUGGCGGCUCACAGCUCUUACUGGAUUGAAAAGGAUCUUUCUUUGUUCGUUGCACGCCAGAUUUACCUCAGCACUCUUGAACAAUCAGCAGAGGCUGCUGAAGCCAGUUUGUGGGAGUCUAUUGGGAGUAACUCUGUGUAG